ACACCAAUCUUCUUUUCAAAUACAAAAUACUAGCAGAAGUACUGGUACCCACAAAGCCAAAGCACAAACAAACCACCUCUCACAGUAGCUCAUAGCAAUUCCUUUACACAAAGCUCUCAGGAUGAUCAAGACUCUGAAUCCCUACACCACCACAGCAAAAACUGCUGAGAUUAUGUCUAGGUACAGGCCUAUAGCUCCAAAGCCUGAGUCAGCCACAGAUCCAAGCAAUGAGUGUCCCUCCAUGUCUCAGAAGAUCAGGCAAUCUCCUUACCUUAGGAACCUCUGGCCACAAUUGCAAGCCAGGCCCACCAGAACGAGAAAGAGAGGUAGGUCUGCUAUAACACCACCCUCCUUUAAAAGACCAAGAACCCAUGUCUUUGGGUUUUCUUCUCCUUGUCAUUUGACAUCAUCCCCUGCCAAGAAUCUAUCUUUGCAGGGUUUUGCUCAUGGUCAUGGGCUCCCUCAGUUUCCUAUUCCAAACCUACCAGCAAUUAGCAACAGCUUGGAAGUACAGCCAACCACAACUCCUACUUUAGUGACACUUCCUCUUCUUUCAUGUCCUAAUUCUGUCCCCAACCAAGCAGGGGCACCAGAGCUUGAGUUAAUGGAACCUUGUGGUGAGAAAAAGGUUAUAGAUUUAAACACUGUAGCUGAAAUUCCAGAGGAAAAGGAUCUCUUGCAGCAACUGCAAGGACCCAUCAGCAGCAAUGUAAUUGCACCUCAGCCAAUUCGACCAGUUGGCUCUAGCAUAAGCGUUGGCAGCAUUAGUGAAGACCCAAGUUUUAUCUCAGCUGUUCAAGUUCCUAAGAAACCAGAAGAGGUAGAGGAAGAGGUCGAGUCCGAGGCCUUACCGGCAGUGAUAUCAGACUCAAACAACAAAGUGAGGAUGGCAAAUUCGGCUUACAAGGAGAUGGUGGGCCAACCAGAAUGUUCCUGGCUUGAUUCUAUGGUGACCAGUGAUGGAAAAUUGGGAGGCAGCUCAAGCAAGAGGAUCAAUGGGGAGGUGAUGCUUCAUCUUUCUGAUUCAAGGUUGCCAAUUUCGUCAAAUGGUUUUUCAUGUUGGGUGAGGAUAGAGUGGGGAAGUGGGGAGAAGAAAAGCUCAAUCAAUGCUUUCUGUGAUGUGAUUAGAUUAUCCUGUGAAUCCAAGGAUUAUCUAUUCACAUGGAGGUUCCACACCCAUAGCAGAGAGGCUUCUCAGCCCAGUUGUAAUGUGUAAAUAUUGUACUACACAAGCAUAAUUACCACUAAAUGCAACUUAUCUACUACUGUGCAAAUUAAAUAUCCAAGAGAAAUAUAGUUUUAUAACAGCUUUUUUAUCAACUCA